UUUGAUUCUUAAUUCUCGUGUUUUAGGACGAUUUCACGCUAGGUUGUUCUUGUUUGUGAUAUUUCAGGUCCUAGUACGCGAAUGAAGGUUUAGGAACAAGUUCGGGUCGAUUGGACGAAGAUUGGACGUUUGGCGAGAAGAUGAGGAACUCACACGGCCGUGUGACUUAGCCAUGUGGCACCACUUUGCACGGGCAAGCCACACUGUCCGUUUAGGGGACCCAUUGUGGUCGUGUGGAAAGUCCUGGGAGCUCACACGGCCAGACUGGAAAUCCACACGGCCGUGUGCUUCUGGUCGUGCAGCGUGCCUGAAGUCCACUAAUCAAAAUGCGGCGUUUCCAUUCUCACACGGGCAAACUGGGAAUCCACACGGCCGUGUGGCCUGGCCGUGUGGUCGGGAAAUUCAGGGUUUUUAACCCAAUUUCGAGCCAAAGGAUAGGGGGAGCUGGGUUUUGGAUCCCAAACACCCAAGGGACGAACCAAAGAGAGAGAGGACGAUUUCAGGGCAUUCUUGGAGUGGAAUUGGAGGAUUUCUUCGCCUUGGAAGCUCGAGGAAAGCCCGUACUUGAAGACUGAUCAUCUGAAGAUUCUUACAGCAGUCUCUCUCUUCUCUAUGGAGUACCUUCCCUUCACUUAGGUUUUGAGGAACCCUAGCUAUGUUUGUUUGAUUGGAUGAUUGUAUGAAUACUCUUACUUGAUAAUCUUGAGUUCAUAUUCAAUCUAUGCAUGUUUGCAUGAUUUAAUUCUGCUUUAGUCGAGAUUAUUGAUUAUGCUUUGAUCCUAUGAGAGCAAAUACCUGAUUAGGUCAAUAGAGCACCAUAGAUUGAUAGUAUUGGAUCGAUUGUUUUAGUCGAGGGUUGAUUCAAUGCUUUUUAUCGAUUGAGAACCUCAUUCGAUAGAGGGAUUCUAGUUUAGAACGCCUUGAUCGGUUGUUCUAGAGAAGGAUACAUCGCUCUAGGCAAUCGACUCAAGAGCGCCUUGUUCCUUUAGUAGAGACACAAGGUCUAGUCAAGGAUUCUCCACAUUGUGAAUGAAUGUGAAAUCGGUUAGAGAUCAUCAAUCAUUAAUCUGCUAGUGGCUAGGGGGAAUCAUACCUAAGUGAGUUCCCAACCUGUAAUUCCAGUAACUUUAACUAUAGUUUGUUAGAGUAGUUUUAGUUCUUCCAUCUUAAUCUGGUUUGCUAGAUAGUGAACUGAAGCUGAGUAAUAGUAACUCUAGAGACCCGUGGAUUCGAUAUUUAUUACUUGAGCUACUAUAAUGUAGUCCCUUUCAUUAGUUACACUUGGCCAUUGUUAGGACUUGUGUCAUAGCGAGUCAGUUAAAUAUUGAACAAAAACAUAAAAAAAGGAUAAAUUGAAAAUAAAAGAUACAUCGGGGGUAAAUUGAAAGUACAUAAAUCAAACACACUAAAAAUAAAACAUUCAUCAUGGAUAAAUUGAAAGUAUUUAAAUCAAACACACUAAAAAUAAAACAUACAUCAACAAUAAACCAAACAACCUCUUAGAGACUACUGGUUCGGGGUGUAAGUGUCAUCAAAUGGGUUACUGGAAGAUCCUUCAGGUGGUUUAGAAGCUGGUGAUGAUUGGUACGCAAACAUAAUUUGAUCUCUUUGAAAUUGGUACCAUGCUCUUUGUUGAGGAUCCAAUUGAGAAAGAUCCUGAAGCAUGAUUUCUCGCUCGUUGGAAAUAUGACCGUUGGAAAAAUAGCCGUUGGAAAUAUGGCGGUUGUAGAAUGUGGCCGUUGGCCUAAAACAUACAAAAAAAACCAUUUAAAUUCAAUCUGCGCGGCCCAUCUAUCUUCUUCCGCCAAAACACACUGUUUCCUGAAGGGUAAACCCUCCCCCAAUAGCCUUCUUUUCCUUCUUAGCCUUUUUAUCCUCCACUAUUGUAGGCUUCCCCCCCCCCCCCCCCCCCCCUUUCCCUUUUUCUUUUUUACCAAUGCUUCUUAUGGCUGGUCUUAAUUGGUGGCUAACAAGGAGGUCUCUGCUAUUGGCGUUAUGCAUGGAAGUCCAAGAAAUGCAUGACAAUUAGGGAAGUCAUUGUUUAUUGGGUCCACGGUACGUAUUUCUUUGAUGAAGUGAUCAAGGUUGAGUAAGUUGUUCUUUAAAUGAGAUUAAUUGGUGGGCAGAGGAACCCUACUUGGGGUAAGCAAAGGGAGAUGGAGUUGCCAGUACAGCAAGGAUAAUGAGAUCAAGAUCCAACAGCUUUACAUCGCGCUUAGGAUAUGCACAUAAGGUGGGUGUAAAGGGGGUAAAUUCUACGCCUUACGAUAUUUCAGUUGUUGUGAUUGAUUGCUAUAUGCCAUACUUGUCUUUGUGUGUUUAUAUGAUGCAUGUGAUUGCGUGUGAUUUAUGCUUCUAGUUAUACAUAUUAUAGUGCAUGCUUUAUUUACAAGUAAUUUGAAGUUUAGGAACAUGUUUUAUUUUUAAGAAGUAACUCACCUUCAAGAAAGUGAAAUCGUUUUAAGUGUUUUUAGUAACUAGCGCCAGUCCGUUUUCGUUUGAGAUCUUUGAGAUAGAGCAGCAGUUAUGCUCUAGAGAUAUUUAAGUUGAGCAACAGUUAUGCUCUUGAGAUUUUUAAGAUGAGCAGCAUUUAUGCUCUUGAGAAUCGUGGAAGAAGAGCCUUCCAUGAUAAGUUUAAGUUUAAGGAAAGCUUGAAAGGUCUCUCAUACGUAUGAGUUGGCAACCGGACUAGCUAGUGAGAAUUGAAAACACAACUUAAGGCUAUGAUCACAAGCAAUAGCAGUGAUCUAGCUAACUAAUGAGCUCCUUGUGAUGUUUUUAAACUCCCUAAUCUUACUCAACCUAGUGCAAGAGGAUAUUACCAUAAUCAGUCUCCUUUCGAACCCUUGAUUUGGGCCCAAAUGUACACAUUUUACCCCUCAUUUCUUAUUUGUUUAGCUUAGUAUUUCAUCUCUCCUCAACAUAUUUCAUGCUAGGUUGUGUUUGUUUUGAUACAUUUCAGGUCCUAACACGUGUGGAAGGGUCGAGGACAAAUUUGGGGAUAAUUGAAGGUCAAAAAGCGGAAAAACCAAAGAAAUGUUCAAAAUUGCCUUGUAGUAGUGAAGUGAAGGCCUCCAGGAAGCAGUCGUAGUUCAUGGAUGAACAAGGCAGUUCAUAGUCUCCUAAGACCGUGAACGGGAGCCACAAACCGUGAACAUCGAGCAGUCCAGCAAGGUUCCAAAGGUUACUGACGACAAGGCAGUUCACGGUCUCUAAAUCUUGUGUUCUUUCCUAACCUAGAUUAGGGGAAAACCACACCUUUUUAGGUAGACUUGACAAGCUAGGUUUUCCUGGGAACUUUGUGCCUACUAUCUAGGUUAGAGAUGAGCAUCACCCUUGACUCAAGUUUGCAUCUAGGUUGGUUGUGAUUAAGCCGCUCAAACUUCGGUUUGAGGGAGAGACCUAGGAAACCACUAGUGACUGAGUGAGAGGAUCGAUCCCGUGACAAAUUGAUCUAUAUUUAAUCCAUCCCGUGACAAAUGGAUCACUAGUUGCUCCUUCGUGUGGUUCCCCUAGACUUGUGAGUGGAUCGAUUCCGUGACAAAUCGAUCGUUAGUGAAUUGAUCCCAUGACAAAUCGGGCACUAGUUGCUCACCCCCACGGUUCACAACCGCUUACACCACACGACUCCAUUCAAUCCAGCAAGUCGUGGUUGCUAGUUAGGGGGAAGCAACUCCCGGGUGAAGCUCCAUUAGUUAGACUUUUCCUUUAUUUACUUUUCCUUGCUCGUUUAUUUUGUAGUUUUCUUAGUUUCAAACCCAAAACCUUUUUGCUACAUAACAACUUAAGCGAUUGAAGUAGGGGUACAUGUAUCUGCCCCAGUCGAUAUUUAACUACUUGCUCUAUACUGCACCCGGCUAGAGUUUAAAAACUUGGACUCUAGUCGGGAUUAAUUUGUAGUGUAGUUUCGCGAGAGUCAAGUUUUUGGCGCCGUUGCCGGGGAACCCGGUACAUUAUUUUGAAAAGGUCGCUUAGUGUUAAUCUAUCAUUUUCUAUCUUGCCAUUUUGUUUGUGUUUUGUGUUGAGUUUUGUUUACCCACUCUUCGUCUUGAAGGGUGGUUUGUGUUUGUUUAAUUUUUUUUUUUUUGUUUUUUUUUUGUAGGUUAUGAACCAUGGAUCCCAACGGCUUCUACAAUUUGUGGUGGUAUCCACAACCACACGAAUUGAGGUACCCCGGAGCUUCAUGGGAUGAUCAAAAUGGGGGAAGACUAGGUUCUGGGUUCUAUUACAAACCCCCCUUCCAAGACGAACAACCAUACCAUUAGGGGUAUGAAGAGGCUUCCCCAUAUCAAGAAGAUUUCCCUCCACAACCCGAGGAGAAUCGAAGUUGGAGUUGGCCAUGGAAGCCUUCGUGGGACAAUUAUCAAGACCAUGUGCCACUCAACAAAUGGAGCAAAAGAGAAACUGGGAUCUCAUUGUGGAGCAAAUAGCCUGGGGUACCAACGAAGGAUGCUCCAAUUCGGGGGUGGAGGAGCUCCUUCGACGCACAAAGAGGCAAGAAGAGCUUAUUGAGCAAGCAUGUGCACAACUUGCUCAUAGUUGCCUCCCGCCAUUUGAAGAGAAAGAGGAGGUUGAAGUGGCAAGCCAUGAGACCCUUGGAAGAACGAGCUCCGGCAUGGAUUUCUACCCCCUCCCUCCUCCUGGUUUGACAUUAGAAGAGAAAGUGGCACAAGCUUGUGAAAGCUAUCGCCUCUCAUUAUUGGAGGAGAACGAGGAGGUCGAAAGGGCGAGCAAUGACAACCGUGUGGAGCAAGAAGAACUCAGUUCGGAGAGCUCCUGUGGUGAGGAUGAACAAGAACGUUGCAUUGAUGACUCCCAUCACUUUACACUUCCCGAAAGCAACUUUGAAGACCAAGACACGAGUGAGGAGGAGCAAGAGAAAAUGAAAGGGAAGGAGAAAUAAGAGGCCGAAGAGGAGGAAGAAAGCAUUGAAGAGGGGGAAGAUCUCGAGUGUUCCCAAGGGGAGGAACACAUUGAAGAAGAAGGAAGGGAGGUUUAAGAUAAAGUAUAAGGAGCAAGUGGCAUCCAGGAUGAGGAUGGGCUCGAGGUGGAUGAAGCAUCCACAAGUUACGAGGGCUAUGAAAGCUUUCCACCUGACCUCGAUGCGCUUUUGGAGAAGGACCCAUUUGUGGCUCUUUGACAAGCCAAGGCCAAACCAUCGGCGAUCCCUCUUGGUGGAUGCGAUGGUGGUAAAUCGAUGAUGCACUGUAUGGUGUGGGGAAAAGAGAAGAAUGAAAGAAGAAGAGGUCUCGUGUGUGGAGCCUCAAAGCCACUCAUGUUCUUGAGCCCUCAACGAUGUGUUUCCUAACCUUGAAGAGCAAUCGUCCGGCUCACGACGUUAAAGAAGGGCUUGGUGGGAGGCAACCCAACCAUCAACGAUGUGUUUCCUUUUGGCUUCAAUAAGUUAACCCUUUGUUU